AUGAACGAGGGCACCGGCUCGACCUUCAACUCGCCGUGGCCCCUGUCCGACGGCCGCCAGGCCCCGGCCACCGUGCCCACCGUCACCGGUACCAUCGUGCCGCCCGAGACCCUGGUGUGGACUUCGUCCGAAGUGCAGGUCAACCACGCCAACACCUACUACGCCAAGCGGGGGCUGCCCGCAGAAGCGCCUAACCUGGGCGUCACCUUCAACCUCUACGCCAUCGUGCCGCUUGGGUCCACCUCGGCGUCGAACCUGGCCUACUUUGUCCAGACCGCACCAAGCAACGGUAAGCUGUACUGGGAGGGCGUGCUGAUCGACGAGACCUACGACGGCCCCGACAUCAAGGGUAACCGCACCCACCCCUAUCCCGAGCUGGUCUACAUGCCCAACGACGGCUUCACCGGCACGGACACGAUGGAGUACCUGUCGUUCUACCGCGGCGGCGACUCGGAGCUCAUUGCGGUGACCUUCACCACGGGCUGCCGGUGGAUCGACAACUGCAACGUGUGCGAGGGCACCGUCGCCUGUGAGGGCUGUCUCGAGGCGCAGAAGGACGUGUGCGGCGUGUGCUUCGGCAACGGCACGUCGUGCCUCGGCUGCGACAAUGUGCCCAACUCGGGCAAGCAGUGGGACGAGUGCCAGGUGUGCGGCGGCCUCAACCGCGACAAGGACGCGUGCGCUGGGUGCGACGGCGUGCCCAACUCCAACCUCGACUUCGACGCCUGCAACGAAUGCGGCAGGAACAACGCCUCCAUGGACCGCGAUCCGGCUCUCCGACGCAUCAUCGACGCGUGUGGCGUGUGCGCGCUGCCCGCCGAUGCCAACUCGACGUGCCGAGGCUGCGACGGCAAGGUCUCCUUCCCGCCCAAGCUCACCGACUUGUGCGGCAUCUGCGGGGGCAACAACACCGUGUGCCUGAGCGGCUGCGACAAUUUGCCCAACUCGCGCGCGAUCUUUGAUGAGUGCGGCGUGUGCGGCGGCAAUGGUGUGUCGUGCAAGGGCUGCGACGGCGUGCCCCAACGUGACCCGGCGCUGAGGGCCAAGGUCGACGAGUGCGGGGUGUGCGCCGGCAACGGCUCCACCUGCGCCGACUGCGACGGAGUCCCCAACGGCCCCAACCCGCCCGACGUGUGCGGCGAGUGCGGCGGCAACGGCACCUCGUGCCUCGAUUGCCUCGGCUGCCCGUUCGGCGACGCCGUGCGCGACGUGUGCGGCGAGUGCAACGGCAACGACUCCACCUGCGCCGGCUGCGACAACGUGCCCGAGCCCAACCCUGUGCUGCGCAAGGUCAAGGAUCUGUGCGGCACCUGUGGCGGCAACAACAGCGACUGCUCCCACGAGUGGUGCAACUCGACCAUCCCCUUCUCUAAGUUCGACGCUUGCGGCGUGUGCGAGGGCGACAACUCGACCUGCCAGUGCACGUCUUACCGCAACCGGACGGUGGCCAUGCUCGACUGCGUGCUGCUCGAGUGGACGCUGGCCAACGCCAUGGCCGCGGUCGACGAGCAGCUCGCGCUGCUGGCAGACACCAGCCGCGGCCUCAACAUGGUCGAGCUGGGCAGCCUGAACGCCGUCGUGGGCGACCAGAUCAAGCAGCUCAACAGCUUCGCCACCGAGUGCUCCGAGCACGCUCUCGUCGGUCCUGGAGGAGAUCGCUCGUGGUCGUCGACGACGUCCUCGAGGGCCGCCGACACCUCGAGACGCUCCGCCGCCACCACCGACUCAACCGGCACCAUCUCUCGCUUCGCCGCCCUUCUCCCGCUAUCAACCCAUUGA